AGUAACAUUUUUUGCGCUAAGCAAUUAAAAACAUAUUUGCACUUUUCUACUUUUCUAAAGCAGGAAAAAACGAAAAUAAGUUGUUUCGAUUCAAAAAAAAAAAAUAAUAAUAAAGUGACGAAAAAUUUACGUAAAACAUAAGCCACAAAUGUAAACUGUUUUUUGUGUCGUGUCAAUUAAGAGCCUACCCACCGAAAACCAAGCCAAAGCAUAACACAAGAUGCUACAUUUACGCACAGGCAGCAGCGUAGCAGUCAAAAUACCCGAAUGUUGGCGUUUCCAGCAGCUGCUGGCUACACGAUUACCACUCUCCACCACCGUAUGCACGCUCCAACAGCAAGCCGACUCAGGCGAACCGGCGCAAGCAAAUGUGCUGCGAAAGCGUAAAUUCAAGCCACACGAGCCGGAUAGUGUUGCAGCCAUGAUCAAGCUGCCUGAACAGGCGCGUGUCGUUAUAUGUGGCGGCGGCACUGUGGGUGCAUCGCUUGCCUACCACCUGGCACUGCAGGGCUGGGGCAAAGACACCAUACUCAUUGAACAAGAUAAAGUGGGUGGCGGCAAUCCAUGGGCCGCUAGCGGUUUGGCUGGUCGCUUCGAGCCUAGCUACACAGAAUUGAAGCUGGCUGAAUACUCCAUUGACUUGAUUAAAUCGCUAACGGAACAGGGACUGUCCACGGGUUGGCAGCCAGUUGGUAGCUUGAAUUUGGCACGCACUUUCGAUCGUAUGACCGCUUUCCAUCGCAUGCGCUCGCAAGGCCGUGCCUGGGGCAUCAAUUGUGAGAUAUUAACACCGGAACAAUGUCAGGAACGCUGUCCCUUGAUUAAGACAAGCGAUCUAGCUGGUGGUCUGUGGAUACCAGAAGAUGGUGUAUGUGAUCCACAUCAAGUUUGUCUCUCCUUCGCUGAGGAGGCACAACGUUUGGGCGUGCAAGUAGUGGAGCAAUGUGCGGUACUGAAGAUUAACAGUGCGCACGGUAAAGUCAGUCGCAUUGAAACUACGGCAGGAGAUGUAUUGUGUGACUUCUUUGUCAAUUGUACCGGUUUCUGGGCGCGCGGUGUGGGCACGCUAUCGACGCCGCAAGUGAAAGUGCCGCUGAAAGCGGUGGAACAUCACUACUUGCAUACGAAACCGAUAGAGGGACUCGAUCCCAUGACGCCGUUCGUGCGCGACUACGACGGUGGUGUGUACUUUCGCGAGCGCAAUGGGCGCAUAUUGGCAGGCGGUUUUGAGCGCGAAGCGAAAAUGCUCUACGAAGACGGCAUUAUACCGCUGUCGCAGGAAGAACGCGAGCUGCCGCCCGACUGGGAUCAUUUUCACAGCAUGCUCGACGAGCUACUGCAUCGCGUGCCAAUGCUAAAGUCAUCGCUACUCGAUCGCUUAACAAACUCACUGGAAGCCUUUUCGCCCGAUUGCAAAUGGAUUUUGGGUGAAGCGCCCGAAAUACAAAAUUACUAUGUGUCGGCGGGCAUGAAAACGAUAGGCGUGUCGGCAGCAGGUGGCAUCGGACGUGCGCUCGCCGAUUUAAUAACGAAGGGCACUACGUACUUGGAUCUACAUAUAUUGGAUAUCAGUCGCUUUUUGGGACUGCAUAAUAAUCGUAAAUUUCUGCGUGAUCGCUGCAAAGAGGUGCCGGGCAAACACUUCGAAAUCAAUUAUCCAUUUCACGAAUUCAAAACGGGACGCAAUCUGCGCAUGUCACCCAUCUACCCGGCGCUUAAGGAAGCAGGUGCCGUUUUUGGCCAAACUAUGGGUUAUGAACGCCCCAACUAUUUCGAUCCGAAUGACAAGAAAGACGAGUUUGGCAUAACACGCUUUCGUACCGCCGAAACGCAUACUUUCGGCAAACCGCCAUGGUUCGAUCAUGUCGCUAACGAGUACAAUGCCUGCCGCGAGCGUAUCGGCAUCGCCGACUAUAGUUCGUUUACCAAAUAUGAUCUAUGGUCGAAGGGACACGAAGUUGUCGAAUUGCUGCAAUAUCUCUGUUCCAACGAUGUCGAUGUGCCGGUGGGUGCAAUUAUACACACGGGCAUGCAGAACCAUUUGGGUGGCUAUGAGAAUGACUGUUCAAUAGCGCGGCUCUCAGAACGACACUAUAUGAUGAUAGCGCCGACGGUGCAGCAAACACGCUCCAUCACCUGGAUACGCAAACACAUGCCAAAUCAUUUGCGAUCUGGUGUAAAUGUGGCCGAUGUGACAUCGAUGUACACGGCAAUUUGCAUACUGGGCCCAUACACACGCAUUUUGCUCUCCGAAUUGACUGAUACAGACUUGACACCAAAGAACUUCCCAUUUUUCACUUACAAAGAACUUGAUGUUGGCUUAGCUAACGGUAUACGUGUGCUGAAUAUAACGCACACCGGCGAAUUAGGUUAUGUUUUGUAUAUACCCAAUGAAUUUGCGUUACACGUAUACACACGCCUGUAUCAGGCUGGACAGAAAUUCGGCAUACAUCAUGCGGGCUACUACGCCACGCGCACAUUGCGCAUUGAGAAAUUCUACGCGUUCUGGGGUCAAGAUUUGGACACGUUUACCACACCGCUGGAGUGCGGACGCAGCUGGCGCGUUAAAUUGAAUAAACCGAUAAAUUUCAUCGGACGCGAUGCGCUGCUCAAACAACGCGAAGAGGGCGUCAAACGCAUGUACGUGCAGCUGCUGCUUAACGAUCACGAUCACGAGAUCGAUUUAUGGUGCUGGGGUGGCGAACCGAUCUAUCGUGAUGGCAAAUAUGUUGGCAUGACCACCACCACCGGUUACGGCUUCACAUUCAAGAAGCAAGUUUGUCUCGGUUUUGUGCGCAAUUUCGCCGAAGAUGGCAGCGAGCUGCCAGUUACCAAUGAAUAUAUACUUUCUGGCCACUAUGAAGUAGAAGUGGCGGGCAUGCGUUUCGAGGCGAAGGUCAAUUUACACUCACCCAAUUUGCCAACGAAAUUCCCCGACAAAGAGCGCGAGGCAUAUCACGCGACACGCGACAAGCAAGGUCAGGCCGAUUUGCUAUCCUACGAGACGAAGUAUUGAGAAGUGCUUUUAUGCACUUGCGGAGUCACUGCGUCUAUAGACUUGAAGUUUGGAUAUUAAUUUUUAGCAUUGAAAUUUUUUUAAGAUUUCAUUGGUUUUAUUAUAAUAUUUUUUUUUAUUACCAUGUAUAUUGAUUUAACUGUAAAUGUUAAAUUUUUUUGUUAUUAGCUGACUUAGGCGCCAUUAAUGAUAUUAUGCGCGUAAUUUAGUGUGUUCGACUUGUUAUUAUGCUUAUUUUAUUGAUGUGCUUAAUAUGUUAUUUGCAUAUUCAUACACAUAUAAUUAUGCUUUUUAAAAAUUUUAAAAUAUUUGUUGCAUAAUUACACUGAUAUUUGGAAAUUACA